CGCUGAAUGUCGUCAAUGUGGCGCUUUGCUUUCAUACGAGAGCAAAAAGACUGGCACCUCGACGCUGAGCACUGCUCCUCCUCCCCGAGUCCUCACAAAUAAAAUAUGACAUUUCGGGUUUGCUUCGGGCUCGGGCCUGCAAAUCAAGUUAAUUGGUCGGGCUCGGGCCGGGUCGGGUCGGGCUGGAUUUUUUAGGCCCGAUCUCACCUCUAAGCCGAACCCCUCCAACUUCUGACGAAAAUUAUGGACGAAAAGAGUGUUGGCAUAGGUACUGCCGGUAUUUAUCGUCCAAAACUUAUCUCUUCUAGUGCCUCUGAACUCUCAAAUAUUUCUUCAUUCAACGGUCAACUUGAAAGUAACAACAACUACUGUAUCAAAGAAGAGGAGGGUGGGGAAUGGGAAGCUGAUAGUCCUAAUGGUGAACACAACACUUUAGCCGAAUCUCCAGUUUCAUCAUGUCGUGAUGCUAAAAGUCCUAGUAAAACUUACCUCUCUAUGUCCACUCUGGCGAAACAGGAAGAUGAAGAAUUUUGUAUUUUAACAAAUGAAGAUUUUGAAACUUGCACGGACAGAGAGGGUGAUGGGGGGGACCAAACUGAUGAGACAAAAGUGCCCCAAAGCGGUAGCACUGAACCAGGAAGUGACGAUGACUCUGAAUAUUUUGAACCAGCACAGAAAGUUCCAUAUUAUACUUUAAUUUUUCUGACGUUGCUGGUGUAUGGGUACUUCAUAUUGCCUUGGCCCACGUAUGUGGGGGGAAUGCUGCUGGGGAUUGGACUGGGUUUCCUUUUGGCCAUUGGAGUGGUCUGGCUCUCAGGGCCGAAGUCAUCCAGUGGUUAUAGAUCUUUCAAGCUGCGGAAGUUGGACAUUAAACAACCAGACAUUUACAAAGGGUGGAUGAAUGAGAUCUCAAACUAUGAUCCAGAGACGUACCAUGCUACCCUAACCCAGUCGGUGUAUGUCCGUUUAGAGGGCUCCACCAUUCGCUUGUCCAAACCCAACCACAACAUCUCCAGGAGAGCCGCACACAAUGACCUCAAACCUGAUGUCAGCUUUGUCAGCCAGAAAAUCUAUGACCUCACCUAUAGUAAAAUACAUUUAGUGCCUGAAGGCCUGGCCAGAAAGAGAAUUUGGAACAAAAAAUAUCCCAUAUGUAUUGAACUUGGAAAGCAGGAUGACUUUAUGUCCAGGACUGAAGGGGACAAGUGGGAGUCCCGUGAGGGGUCAUUCCCAAAAGACAAAACAGACGGGACAGGAAGUGCAGCCCUGUCCCAAAGCGUGACUCUGUAUCUGUUUGGACGAACGGGGCGAGAAAAGGAGGACUGGUUCCAGCGCUUUUUACAGGCCUCCAAGCACAAAGUCAAUCUGAAGAAGUCUGCCAGUGCCAUGGUCUUUAAAACUGGGGGUGGUCACAGUCGUAGUGGUAGCCGCAGCAGUCUGGAUGAGGGUCUGUUGACUCAGUCCAGGCCUAAAGACGGUUCCACAUCGACAGCGGGCAAUGCCAAACCCUCCCCUCUGCUCGACUACAGUGUGUACAUGGCCAACCUCCUGCCAGACCAAGAGGCCUUCAGCCCCUCUGUCUGCUCCUCCCUCCAGAGCCCCAUGAGCAGUCCAGGGGUAGACAAGAAGCUCCUAAGCUCCAGCCCCUCCCCUCCGGAGCAGACCACAGGGGACGAGGAGGACCCAGUGGCCUGGCUCAACGCUGCCCUCGGACGCCUGUUCUGGGACUUCUUAAGGGAGCCGUACUGGGCUGACCUGGUCUCAAAGAAGAUCCAGAUGAAACUUAGUAAAAUACGAUUGCCUUACUUCAUGAAUGAGCUCACCCUGACAGAACUGGACAUGGGCUCCUCCACUCCCAGAAUCCUCAGCGGCUCCAAACCCUACAUUGAUUACAAAGGCCUGUGGUUUGAUCUGGAUGUUGCCUAUAGCGGCUCCUUCCUGAUGACCCUGGAAACCAAGAUGAACCUGAUUCGUUUGGGGAAAGAGGAGGAGACCCUGCGCUUUGGGGAGCAGGGCAAAGACGGAUUCAGGCCUAGGACGUACUGCUUGGCUGAUAGCGACGAGGAAUCAUCGAGUGCUGGUUCAUCAGAUGAAGAAGACGCCUCUGAACUGUCAAAUGACUCCACUGGAGCUGAGGGCUUGGUUGGAGGCCAUAGACCGAGUAAAAUUAUGCGAUUCGUAGACAAGAUUGCUAAGUCCAAAUACUUCCAGAAAGCAACAGAGACUGAGUUUAUUAAAAAGAAGAUGGAGGAGGUUUCUAACACACCCCUCCUGCUCACCGUGGAACUGCAGGAAGUUAGGGGAAGACUCGCGGUCAAUAUCCCCCCUCCUCCUACUGACAGGAUAUGGUAUGGAUUCAGAACACCACCUCACCUUGAAGUGAAAGCUCGGCCCAAACUGGGCGAGCGAGUAGUAACUCUAGCUCAUGUAACAGACUGGAUAGAGAAAAAACUAGACCAGGAAUUUCAAAAAAUCUUUGUAAUGCCAAAUAUGGAUGAUGUGUGGUUGACGAUCAUGCACUCUGCCAUGGACCAGCGCACUGCAGGAGCUGGCCCAGUGGAAGACUCCGAGACUUCAGACCCCGGCAGUGAGAGUUAGCAGUGAAGUUUGUUUACAGUAUUUCUAUAGGUUAUGAAGACUCACAAUGUGAACUGGAACCAAAGUAGAUUGGGCCACAUGCUACUUUUGUCAAACAACUACAUUCCUUUAGUGGGUGUUUUCUCACAAAGCCACUAGAAGAGCAUAUUCAAUUUUUAAUACUGGAAGUAACACUAAAUAGAGGGGUAUAAUGGUCUAAAGUCAUUUUUAGAAAGACUUGGAUUGGGUUAUAUUUCUUCAUCAUGAAUGUUUUGAGGUAGUAGGUGCAAUUUUUGAACUUAUUAACAUUGCAGCAUUCACCAGAUAACCUUACAGCCAACAUGUGACUAGUUUAUGCCAAGGUACAUUAUGAUAAAUAAAGCACAAACAUCUUAAUAUGUUUCAGUUGAAAAUAACUAUUAUUUACUUCUAUUUAAUUCUACUGGUAAAGAUAUAAUACUUGACUAUAAAAUUCUGCAGCUUUUUCAGCUGAGCAGGUGUUAACUGAACAGUAUUCGUUUGUGCUGUGAUCACACCUAGAGGCCUGAACCUCUUUAUUUUGCCAAUAACCCCUUAAUAAGCCACUGAUGCCCAUAAAACAAGUGUCAUUUAAACCUCUAUGACACUUUCACUCUAAAAAGUGCAAUGAGUAAAAACAGGACUAGCUUUUAGGAUGAUAAAAGCAUGUAAGUGUAGAGUAUCUUUAUAAUAAUAUGCUAUGUUUAUGCUCGGUUAGGAGUACAGUACUUCUUAAUACAGCUGCUGAAUGUAUGUGAUUUAUGGUACAAAGAAACCUUGUUUGGACUGGGGUAUGCAAUCGGUUUGCACAACUAAAAAAAACUUUUAUUAUACUGUAUUUAAUGCAGGUGUGUUAAAGUAACACGUGGUAUUUUUUUUUUUUUUGCUCUAAAAUCAGUUCUUUUCUCUUUUUUUAAGAUUUGUAUGGUGAAAAACUAUUACUUGCUACGAUGUAAUUUAAAAGGCACUUGAAUUUAUAUGAAGUGUAGGUACAAGUUCUGUUGUUUUAGUUUCCAAUAAUGUAAAGUCUGAUUUAUACACAUUAAGUCACUGUUCAUUGUUUUUCCCGGUACAUAUCCAGUGUUUUUUUUGGGUUUUUUUUUUGUUAAUGCAAAUGAUUAAUUCACACAGCCACCUUUUUGUUUACAAUAAUAUAUGUUCCCUUUUACCUUCUUGAACUGUUCUGUGUUUAAUUUAUGUUCAAUAAUUACAUAAGAUCACAGAUGUUUGUGUUUUUGUCCUCUUCUUGUAAUAAACGAUGAAAUCAUUUAAGGAUAUAUGAAGAUGAUGUACUGAUUUUAUAUUUGUGAAUUAUUUUUAAAAAUAUAUGUCAUUUUAUGGCCACAUUGAUGAUUAUUAUAUGUGCAGUUGCCUUAUUUAUAAUUCAAUAAAUAUAGGUAAAUGAA